GAGAAACAAAAUAAAAUAAAAUGUCUAUAGGAAAGCAUGUAAUCAAUAAUAUGUUCGGAACGCACAAGAAGCAGAGACAUUUUGUUCUUUUUUGUCCGUUAUUAUUCUGAGCUCAAAAUCGUAAAUUUAUUAUUUUCAAUCUUGGCAACACUCCAACCAUCUGUCAAACGUCACCACAGAAUAAUUUGUAAAAAACGUCAAACACGUCAAUUAUUUUAUUUGUGAUCGCAGAAAUUCACAAAUUGUGUACGAAAUUAAAGUUUUUGGGGUUUUCCCUUUAAUUUUUUGGUUAAAUUUAAUUUUACUUUAAAACUCUAUGCCCAAAAAUGGCAAUGGGUCUAAAAGAAAAGCCAGGAAGAAGGCGGAAACCGAAGUUGAAGGCUGCGAAAGCUGUCCUACCAGUGCCGAUGCUGAUGAGAAACAUUUCCCGCCUGAAAUACUUUUCAAAGGCAUCCUGAAGAUUCCAGUGGUCGUCUUAGACCGUACUGACAUCACUCCUUUCUUAAAGACAGCGCCAGUAAGUUCUACCAAGCCUGCUAAACCUGACACCAAUCUGAUUGAUACAUUAAAAAAACACACGGAUAAGUUUUUCCUAUGCUCUGUAAAACUGGCUAGGGAUGACCUGGAACAGCUAAAGGAAUCAGUGAUGAUGUCUGAGAAAUACGCUUUCGUAACAUGUCGCAUUUGCAAGAAAAACUACCCGGAUAUGAGGAAACUUCGUAACCACCAGGCGUUGAAACACAUGAUAGUUUAUGAGCAGAAGCCACAAAAGCGGGUGUCGUUUUCUGACCAUGUUAUAGUCCAUGAGCUCAAAGAGUACCACAAGUGCCGUAAGUGUGCCAAAAUAUUUGAAAACUACAGAUGUUUGAAGGCACACAUGAAGAAAGAUCAUAAGAAACGCAAAUGCUACAUAUGCCACUAUUGCCAGAAAAGCUUUGUCGACCGAAGCAUAUUUAAAGUACACAUAAAACUGCACUGUGAUGUUUGCGGAGAACUCAUGCCGAACAAGGCUACGUACACUGACCAUAGACGUAAUGUGUGUAGAGUCCUUAAAAAGUAUAAAUGUAAAACAUGUAAGGAAUCUUUCUUCCAUUUCAUGGACUUGAAAGACCAUAGCUAUGACCAUUUUGGCGUUUAUUACAUAUGUGAUAUAUGUAAAGAUCAAUUGCCAACAAAGUGUGCAGUUUCGCAUCAUAUAGCUUGCCUGCAUUCGGAGCAGAGGCCAACAUCUAUGUAUGAAUGCAGAAGUCUUGGCAACGAGAAAUUGUAUCUGUGUAAUUUUUGCGAAGAAACAUCGGUAGAAAAGGAUGCUUUAGAGAAACAUGUAGAAAUGUUGCCAGACUUGUCAAAUAAAGCCAUGACUGGGUAUAAAGAUUACUAUUUCUGUGACCAAUGUCUGCGUAAGUUUGAUAAAGAGAAUGAAAUGUUGCAACAUAAAUGGACUCACUUUCUCAAAAGUGACCAAGAAAAAACUGAUGACAGUAAAAACGUGGGCAAGAGAAGAAGAGAAUCUGAUGAGCUAUUAGAUAGAAACAAAAAGAUAAAAUUACCUUCUACUGUGAAGGUGACAGAUAAAAUACCAGAGUAUAUGCUGCCAAAGGUUGUCCUAAAAAAGGUUACCAUACCAAUCCCGAAUGAACCACCAAAAGUAUUAAACCCAGAAGUGGGUUUAGAUAAUGGUGUUAAUAAAAGUAUGGAUGAUGAAACAAUCUUGAAGUCAGUAUUCACCCAGAAACCUGGCAAAGCAAUAGUAGAUCCCAAAUCAAAGAAAACACUAUUGUCUAAACACCAGUGUGAGCAAUGCUUCAAAUACUUCUCCUCGGGUUACUGCUUACGUCGCCAUUUGCAAGCGGUCCACAACACACACGAAAACCUCCAGUGCCCCGACUGCGAAGAAACCUUCUUCUGGCCAUCAUUACUACACCGACACAACUGCCUCCGAACCCACCAACCAGAGAUGCCGUUUGAUGACGCACGCCCUGAGAUCCACUUCGAUAACUUCUACAUCAACAGCUUGAUGCAACCAGAAGAGAUUAGCCAAAUGGAAGAUUUGACAGCCCUAGAUGGUGAUUACAGUGACUGUAUAGACUUUGAGAUACCAGCUCCUAUAGUGGAGUUGACUGAAGGCAGUUUUGUGGCUAAUGGGAGUUGUCAGUCGGGGGUGUUGUUUGAUGGCAAAAUGGAUGCACUAAAGAAUGGGUAUAAGGUUGUUAUGCAGGAAGUACCGAUAGAGUUUUAGAGUAGCUUAAAU